AUGAGAUUUUCCAUCGUCGCACUUGCCUUGUCAGGCGGUGCAUCGGCUCUGCCUGCUUUGAGCAGCGUCACAGCUCAUCAGCCAGCCGAUCUGGUCACCCGGAAAGUCGAGUUCAAGGGUGCCGCUGCCCCUUCGCUGGUCGACGACAUGAACCUCUCCCGCGUAGAAGCGGUGGCCGUACGAGAAGAGUCAAUAGCGAACGCAAACAAGAGGAGCAUGAUACUCGAGCCAAGACAGGCUGCAAAAGGAGGAAACACUGCGGAAGCGUUUGAUCCCAAAGCGAAGGCAAUAGGCGAUAAUAAGGAAAAUCCGACAACUGGUCUGACGGACUCAGAGGCGGCAGAAAUCGUUACCUCGAUCGACUUCAAAGACAAGAAGGCGCCAGGUUCACUGAAUGCCAAGGGUCAGAGGAAUCCGUUGCCUGGUUUGACCGCCGAUAUGACGGAUGCUAUCAUAAAGCAGGGGCAGGCAGCUCUUAAGGAGGCCGGUGCAUGA